GCAGCUCUCUCGCACACAAAGAUGUCUUGCUACGACCUGUGCCCACCAAAGACCAGCGUGGCCGUCCCUCAGCCCAUCGCUGAGAGCUGCAACGACCUGUGCACCUGCCAGUGCCCCGACUCCACAGCCUUCAUCCAGCCACCCCCCGUCGUGGUCACCUUCCCCGGCCCCAUCCUCAGCUCCUUCCCCCAGCAAGCCGUGGUGGGCUCCUCUGGAGCACCGGCCUUUGGGGGCAACCUGGGUCUGGGGGGCCUCUAUGGUGCCGGUGCCACCCAGGGCUCAGGGGGCCUCUGCACCUUUGGCAGAGCCUACGCUGCUCCUGCCUGCAGCCCUUGUGUCUUGCCCCGCUACAGCAAGAAGCUCUGGGACACCUGUGGGUCCUGCUAGACCCAGCCCCACACACCCCACAGCUCAUAGGACAACUCAGCCUCACAUUUUCUUUUCUUUAUCCCCACUGGCACCUCUAUGCAUGACACCUCUCCACCGUGCUCUGGCCUGUGGCCAGAGGUUGAACCCACCAUCAUCCCACAGAGCACUUUCUUGUCUCUGCAAGGACCAGUGCCUGGCAGAAGCCUGAAGGAACACCUCUCCUGAAGCCUGGUGGGUCAACCUGCCUGCCUCUUGCCUAUUGUGUCUUUCUCCACUCAAUAAAACAAGCCUGCAUCCAA